AUGACAAAUCGCUUCAUUCUGCCCUCUUCUUCUGUGGUACGAUGCCCAGAUCGAUUUGAUCUUCUUGGCUCCGACGAGGACCAACUGCCCUUUUGGGACCUGCUCACGGCCAUCUUGACAAGUAAAUCGGAUCCUAUUCAUGAUAUUGCCUCGCUCAUUGAAGCGCUGGAAACAAUUGCUCUCUCGCUGAGAGGAACUGUGACGAAUGAGAAUCAUAAUGCGCUCCACGAGUUUAUGGCUUCAUACCUCAAAGAUGAAGCGAAACACGAGCAGUACUUCACCAAAACUUGGCCAUUUUUAGUGGACUUGGCCUUGGAGAUGCCUAUACUUUUUCCCGACAGAACGUUACCAUGUCUUUCACCAGCACACGGUGAUAAUGGAACUACCACAGCCACUUUCUCACGACGACAAGUUGCAUGUCUGGUAGUCCAUCAAUUUCUUUGCUCGUUACCCCCACAUCCCUGGGGUACAGAGUCAUUUGUCGAUUUAAGGCCCUGGUAUUCCCAAUCAAACACAUCUCAUACAGGCGCUGUCCAUGCGUAUCUGACUGCACUGUUUACAUACUUUGAGCAUCUUCAACAAUCAAUAGAAUGUCAUAAACCCCGAAUUGAUUUGUCUACGGAUGAGUGGCCUAUCACGUUCACAGUUCGAUCAAUUGGAAGCACUGAGGGGUAUCAACUCCUUGAAAGCGAGGCUUCGAGGGCUUACCUUUCCUCGACAUCAAUCGAGAUAUGUCAUCUGGAGGAAUCACAUACUGCACCCGCUUAUCUUGGUCUUCCCCAAGGAGCAUGUGUGAUCUCAGCAAACAAAUGUUUUGGCUAUGGGCCGACAGGUACACAAGAAGAGUUGCAUGUCGGCAUUUCCCCGGAAUCGUACCCUGCCGUCCUCCUCGCUCAUCCAUUAUCUGAUGACCAGGUUCUCAUCUGUCGCGGUGCUGAGCCGAUGGUUUCUAUCAGCGGCUACGGCAGAGAUGCCAAAUUGGAUCAAGUUCUGCCUUCUCCCGACUGCUCCCUAGGAGACUUUUAUUGCUGGAAAGAUCGAGCGAUGCUUUUCAUGGACGCUUUGGAAAUGGACAUCCUUGGCGCAGAAAACAAUUUUCCAAUCCCGGACAUCCACCCUCCGACACGGGUAUCCAGGGACAUGAUUUCAAAGGCAUAUAAUGCAUUCCGCAGCGAUGGCAAGCCAUAUGGUCAUAUUGUGACUGGUCUCUGGGGCUGCGGAGCCUUCGGCGGAAACAAGUACGUCAAGUGCCUCCUACAGUGGUGUGCAGCGACCUUGGCUCAGGUUCCAGUUCUCAAGUACGUGUUUUCAGGCUCUGAGCAAAAAGGAUUUGCCGAGGAGUUUGAUCAGUUUGUGAUAAGGAUGAGGGGGGGAGAAUUUCACCGCGCAGCAGGUCUUUGA